CUGGGAGAGAACCUGACUCUGAAAUUUAUCCCUAUUUCGUGGAAUGUGCGUUUAUGCAAAAAACCCAAAGUGGCAUAGAUUCAUUAAAACUGGACGGUUUUAGCUCCAUGUUUAUUUAAAAAAUGGUUUGCGAGCCUUUACUAACGUCAGAAAGGGUUGUCUGGAUAAUGCAAUGUAAAAAACAUUCUCUUAAAACUGGACUAAUUCAGCGUAGUAACUCUUUUUUUGUCAAACCAUGAUGGUUGAGAUUUUCGGCGUUGAUCGUGAAGGAAAAGAAACGCAUCCGGGAAAACUCAAAUCUAAUAGUAAAAGAACAAUGCGACAUUCUUUUCUCACACUCACCUCCGUCACAGACCUUAAUUUUUGUGACGAAAGCAGCCUGUGGAAGGUCCAAGUGAACGUACGCCGCUCCCAUCCGAAUUACUCUACAAUCGUUGAAAAACGCACCUCUUCUCUCAACCGUACUAUCACUGCUUGUUUGCGCUCUCAUGGAACACCCUUUAUUUCACUGAUACUCUCUAUCCUGUUCUCUUACAACCAUGCAUUCGGUGUGCGAAUGGCUGCUGUGCGUCGUCCCCUUCCGAUGGUGACACAUCGAGCCGUGCAACCAUGUCCUCCACCAUUGGGUUCGAGACAGAACGUCUGUGCAUGGAACGAGGUUUGCUUCCAUUUGCAUAUCAAGUCGAGUGCAUCUUUGUUUAUCCCCAUCCUCAAAACCGACAGAGAUACAUUCAAAUCCAAGGAUAGAUAAAAGGGCGCGCUUUCUGUUGUUUGUUCGCGUGACAAUGCAUUUGAACGAUGAUCGAGCCCCAUGAGCGUCGUUCGAGCCAGAUGCCACAGCUCAGCUAAAAAGAGGAAAAGGAGAUAUUCUAUGGUCCCUUACACAGCCAUGAAUAAUGGUUACCCCGCAAACUUUUCAAAAUGUACUCUUGUUACCGUCCAUACGAUAUGUUUUUUCAUGGCGCCCUUUCGAAUGUGGAAAGAUGAAAAAGAAGGGAAAAAAAGAAUACAUUCAUCUUUGAAUUUAUGGAACGUGAUUGUUUAUUUGAUGAAAUAAUCUAUUUAUCUUUUUUAACCGGAGCAGAUUCAAACCCAAAAGGCG